AUGACGUGCAGUGUGCCACAGAACAGACUCGGUUCGAACACUUUUUGUAACCAAAAUUUUGCAUUAACGCAGACCUCGAACAUAGCUGUGGCCGGACUCGUGGGACAGCGCACCCGUGCCUCCGGGCGCGGACGAUCGGUGCGCGCCCUGGCCACGCGAAAGAAUUGGUUAGAGUGCGAUGUGAAGUGGCGACGCCCUGACUUACCGCCACAAUGGCCUGCCUUUGUCCGCCAAUUGAAGACAUCGACCGACACAUCGGAUCAUCUCGCACAAUGUCUCUCGUUUAUUUACAUAAUGUACUUCGACGAGAAAGAGACAUACCUGUGUAGCUAG